AUGGUUACGGUCGGUAAAUCGCACGGUGACCCCGUCCAUCCGCUCCCUACCUCCUCCGAUCCCGUCACCAGCUCCCCGCCCUCGAGGCGCGAUUUGGCGUCGUGGUGGAAACAGUUCAAGCGCAGCACCCGCAAGGAUGAAUUGAAAGGUGCGUUCUCCGAUACCGAAAUCAAUCCAGAACAAAAGUCACCAGAACAAAUGGCCCCUGAGCUUUCGGAUCUACUUUCCCCAGUCGCACGAAAGAACGUCACGAGUUUCGCUUGGUCGCUGGGGUUCUGGAUUGCUCCACCCCGCGGCAUCUUCGGAGUUCCGCUGAAUGUCAGCAUCAAGUAUGCGAAUGUGGCAAUCUCCCUGACGAACGAUCACGGCGAAAGCUUUAUUUAUGGAUACGUGCCCAUCGUGGUAGCCAAGUGCGGUGUUUUUCUCAAGGAGAAGGCAACCGAUGUGGAAGGGAUAUUUCGACUGAACGGAUCGGCCAAGCGCAUCAAAGACCUGCAGGAGGUCUUCGACUCCCCCGAGCGAUAUGGAAAAGGACUGGAUUGGACAGGGUAUACCGUGCACGACGCGGCGAAUGUGCUCCGUCGGUACCUCAACCAGCUGCCUGAGCCGAUUGUGCCUCUCGAGUUCUACGAGCGCUUCCGCGAUCCCCUGCGCAUCUACCAGCAGCAGGUCAAGGAAGGCAAGGAGCCGAGUGAUGCCGACAAGUUCGACCAUGCCAAGGCCGUGGAUACGUAUCAGCGCCUCAUCAUCGAAUUGCCUCCUCUUAACAAGCAGCUUCUCCUCUACAUUCUCGAUCUCCUCGCCGUCUUCGCCUCCAAGUCCGACCAAAACCGCAUGCCCUCGAACAACCUCUCCGCGAUCUUCCAACCGGGCAUGCUUUCCCAUCCGAACCACGACAUGUCGCCUGACGAGUACAAGCUCAGCCAAGACGUCUUGAUCUUCCUGAUCGAGAACCAGGACCACUUCCUCUUCGGCAUGAGCGGCACGGCCGCCGACGAGGAGACCAUGAAGGAAGUCGAAGCCGGUAUUCCCCGCCCUGCUCACUCCACCGUCCGGAGAUCCGUCUCCAACGCCAGCGCGAACACCGAAAGCCACCGCAAGAUCGGUAGCAUUCGCCGAAAUGUCUCCGUCUCCUCUCGCAACUCCCGUCACUCCAACACUGCCCAGAGUCCAGGAACUCCCACUUCUAUCACUGGAGGUGGUGUUCACAGAAGCAACACCCUGCCUUCGAAGAUGGGGCCGGUUCUGACGUCUGCUCGCUAUGCGCGCGCGAACGAGACUCCUGCGGCGGCAAACCCGGGUGGUCUGGCGGUCUCACAUCAGAGUUCUCGGUCUACCAGUCGGACGCCGUCGGUGCGUGAGGAACCUGAAGGUAGCGCUCCUGCCCCGGCUGCUCAGCAGGCCCCUCGGCCGACUUCUCGACCGGCCUCCCAGCAAGCUUCUGAGCCUGUUCAGCCUGUCGCUGAACCAGUUGCUUUGCCUGUCGCCCAACCUGUCGUCCAGCCAGUCGCUCAGUCAGUCGCUCAGCCAGUCGCUCAGCCAGUCGCUCAGCCAGUCGCUCAGCCGGUUGUCCAGCCGGUUGCUCAAGUUGCCGCGCAGCCUAUCGCGCAACAAGUCGCUCAGCCUGUUGUUCAGCCAACCACCCAACCAGUUGCUGAACCUAUAGCCCAGCCUGUCGCUCAACCUGCAGUUCAACAUGUUGCCCAGCCCAUCGCACAGACGGCCACCGAGCCCGCGCCAGCUGAGACAGUUGCCCACAACACUACCCAGACUUCCCAAGAAACACCAGGAGAGAGUUCCAGCCAGCAAAGGAAUCACCCAUCAACCUCAUUCUCUGCCACGCAAGGCAGCGCGUAUGUGCAUACGUCUACUCACGGUCCGUUGCCUCCUGCCGCUGCUGAGCGUCUCAGCAUCGCCGAACCAAACAGGCCUCAUGAAAACUUGAACACACCUAUUGCUUCACCCCCACAGGUUGUGACGCCUUCUCGUGAACGCAAGCUUUCCAACUUCUUCACGAAGUCACCGCCCCCUGAAGGUGAACUCAGAGAACCGCGGCAGCCAAAUCGGCUAAGGAAGAAGCGCAUUCCAGGUAGUGCAAGCAUGAGCGCACAAAGCUCAACAACCUCUCUUCACGCCCAUGGUGCUGAUUCUGGUGCGGAAUUGCAGCCAAGCACCGAGCACCAUCCUGACGUGAUCGGUGACACCACCCCCAGGCCUCCCAAUACUGCAACUCUCGGCAACCGACGCGAGAGUGCUUCGGAGUCCACCUCGGCCCUGACCGAGGGUACCUCUCAAUCUCAUCAAGACCACUCCUUACGACCAAACAAGUCCCGCACCCCAUCAAUGAACUCUCGAUCGUCGUUCACUGAUCAGUCUGAUUUGGAUCAGCCAGAAGAUGCUUCUCGCAGUGAUCGUCAUGAACACCGCAGGAGCUGGAGAUUCCAUCGUUCAUCCAAACGCACCAGCGAGCAGCUUGGACUCGGACUCUCAUCUCCACCCUUGAUCGCCACCAAUCCUGGCGCUGAGCAAAGUACUAGUUCGAUUGGGAGCGGGCAUCACCAAAUCUCCGAACUCGCAAGUCACCCGCUCAGUUUGGAUGCCGGGGUCCAAAGCACUUCCUCCAUACCCCUCGAACCGGAGAAGAAGAGCUUGUUCGGAAAAUUCAAAGCAAAGGUAGCUCAAGUCCGGGACGGUGUCAAGGAUGAGCGUGAUCGCACGAAGAGCCCAACCCGCUCAGAUACCGAUCCUUCCAUCGCCAGCCAACCUCUGUCUCCCAUCAUAACCGAUUCAAUGAAUGGCAACCAGUCCACUGAGGCGUCACGCGAACAAGCCAAAGAAGAACCAGUUCGGUCGCCUGUGUCACCUUUCCCUGGUGCCGGUCUGCCCCCGCCCAUUCCGGAAGAGCCGCAUAGCCCAGUGUUGACCACCGCUGCUCCUGUCCUUGAGCAGAAAGACCCCAUCCCCGUCCCCAACACCGAUUCUGAUAAACCCGCGGACUCGGUUCAACCAACGGAUCUGGCCCAGACACCGGAGUCGCUUCCAACCACUGCCCCAGUUGCAGAGUCUGUUCCGGUCUCAGAGCCUACAUUGUCUGUAGAACCUCCCAAGGAAGGCGUCGAACCUUCCAAGGCCGUCUAA